GCGGAGCCUGCCGCACGCUCGCGGCGCUGCUGGCGGCGGCCUCCCCGGAGGUGACGGGCGCCCUGGCAGCCACCUUCCCGGAGGAUGAAGAUGAUGAUCUUCUCAGCUUCAAUGCUGCCAUCGACGCCUGCGUUCGAGCGGGCGACGCCAGUGGCGCAGAGGAGAAGCUGCAGGAGAUGCUGCGGGCAGGCCUGAGGCCAGACACGGUCUCGUUCAACGCUGUGAUCGUGGCGUGGGCGAAGGCUGGCAGCCCAGAUCGUGCCGGCGAGUGGGUGGCCCGCAUGGCGCAGCUGGGCGUGGAGCCCGACGACGUCUCCUACGGCGUCACGGCGGAGGCCUGGCGACGCGCGGGGCACCCCGCGCGCGCGGAGCUGUGGCUGAAGGACAUGCUCCUGGCCGGCAGGGUGCCGUCGAGCCCCUACGCGGAGCUGGUGGGCGGCGCGGCUUCUGCGGCGUACCUCGCGCUGGAUGUCGCUGCCUUGCCCGUGGCCGCGCCGCGCGCCGGAUCCGCGUCGUGA